AUGGAAAGGCUGAAGGAGAAGAUCUUUCAAUUCGGGAUAUAUGGAGCAAAGCUGAAAAGACUCAGCAAAGAUGAAAUAGAAAUGGCGAUUGAGGAGCCGUGGACGGAAAUAGUAAAGGCAGAAACCGUAGAGGAAUUGAGAAGAAACUUUACCACAGAUUGCUUGAGAGUUGAGACAAAUAAAUUCAUGGUGAACAAUUACAACUGGGAUGAUUUGUAUGUAAGAAUGGGGACUCUUGCAUGGAAGGAUCAUCUAACAGCGGGGGCGUUUAACUUUACAUCUAAAGAAUACUUUUUGAUAAUGAAUCUUCUGAUAGAAACUAAAGAAUAUGUAGAUAAUGUGGAACUUAGAAAGCUAUGCCUUGAUCCUAAGAAAACCCAUUAUUGCAUUAACAGGCUUGCAAGAAAGGGAUUUAUUGAAUAUAAGACAUCGGAAGAGGUUGAGAAAAAAAGCUUUAUAUAUAAGGUCAGGGCAAUAAUAGAUGAAAAGGGAUUUGUGACACGGAGGGUGGAGCACCAACAGUUGGAUCUGAAUAGGGCGGGGUCUGGUGGAAAAGGAUGGAUGUUUGAGUACAGAAUCGACAUCGGGCUCUAUGAUAACGUCAGGAGCAUGAUUCUAAACUCGAAAGGUGGGAUAAUUACAGAGGACUUGAAGAAAAAGCUCGGUGUUAGCUCUAAGAUCGGAUAUAAACUUCUUAACAAGGUUUUUAAUGAAGAGAAAAAUGUUUUGAAAGGAGUUAAGGAGUUUGAGGGGAGAGUUAGGAGAUAUAGAUACCAUGUGGUUGGCAGAGGGACUUCCAAUGAGGUUGGGCGUGGGGAGAAAGAUGGAGGAUACAUAACCUCUGAAGAGAGAGUAAUGGCAAUUAGAAAGCUCAUGUCAAUGAGUCCUAUCCUUCAGCUCGAUAAGAGAACAUACGAAAAACUUCAAGAGUUGACGGGCUGGAAAUAUGAAUUUGAUAGAAGAACUAUAAUCAGAGCAGCAAUUCUUGCAGGAUUUAAAAUAUACAAGCAAAAGAGAGGGCGUGAGGGGAAAUGCAGUAGGUACAUGAUAAUGAGAAAUGAGAUGGUUGAAUCUGAUGUCAAAGCCCUGGACGUGUCUAACUGUAACGCUCAAGAAAACAUGUCUGAAUUCCAAAGGAAGAUAUAUAACAUUUUUGUCAAUUCUCCAAAACUUGUAGAAAUGGAUAAUGGAUAUAUUCCUCUAAGAGAAGAAAGAUUGAAGUUAUUUUACAAAUUCCUUAUAGAGCACAUGGAUUCUGAGGAAGCUGAGUCGGUAAGGUUUGAUUGGGAAAUAAUAGGAAAAAUGGGGCUUGAUCUUUUAUUGUCCAUUGUUCCCUUCAGCAGAAUUGGUUUCAGAGAAUCCCUAUGUAAAUUUAUAAAUUCUGGAGAGACCGAUGGCAAUGCAUUCAAAACAAGAAACUACAUAUUGCAUGAGGAAGAAGAAAACUCAUAUCCUGCUUGUUUAGUAGGAAAGACUGUCUCCGAGGUUGUUGAUUUGAAACUUCCUCCGAGUAUAAGAAAGUUAAUAAGAUUGAAAGUAGCUGUGGGGAACUUUGCUUCUUUGCUCAGGCAGUUAAAUGACCUUCGGGUCCUUGACAUUGAAAUGUCAAGUGAGAAAGUAGUAAUAAAGAGAACAACUAUGGAUCUUUCCUCAGGAAUGAAAAUUCUAGAGAAGGCUAAAAGGACUAAGGGUGGAGGGAAAUAUGUUUCCUUGAAUAAGAGGGUCUGGUUCUUCAAGAAGAUAUGCAAUGUCGAAGAAAAGAAGUUCUAUGAUGAAGCAUAUAAAGUUGUAUACACCGAAUUUAAAGGAGAUGAAUUAGAGGCUAUGUUUGAUAGACUGAAGAUGUUCAGAGAUGAAGAAAUUGAUGAUCUGAAGCAAAGUGCAUUUGAAAGGCUAUAUAUGGGAUUCAAGAAGAACAUAAUUGAACUUGGAUGGCUGGGGGCACUGGAUUUCAAUUCCUAUUCUGUUUCGGAUGCUAAAAGAGUUCUCAAAGCGCUUUCUAGGGAUAAGGUAAUAGCGAACUACAAGGGGAUAAAGAAGGUUGAGUUUGUCACCCCCCAUGAAGGCUUUCUAAGAGUAAUCAAUAAGAAAUAUGAUGUAUUCAGGUUCAAGGGAUAUCAUGAACAUAAAGGAAUGGGGUACUUCUCACAUUACUUCGAUUUAGUCUACUAUACUCUGGCAACUUCAGGAUCAUUGGAAAUCAACGAGUUAAUCUCUCGGCUAAGAUUCAUGGCCAAUUUUGAGAUGGAAUUGUUUCUUUUUGAGUAUAAGAAAGUGUUCAGGGUCUCUAAUGUUAAUGAUACUAGAAUUGUUUCUCUUGGAAUAUUUAUAGAUCCAUUUGAAUGA